AUGCUGGGGCACGUCUCUCCAAUGCUGAAGCUGGCCAAGGUGCUUUCCCUCAGGGGCCUCCUCGUCACCUUCCUCACCACCGAGCACGUUCACCGCCGCCUCAGCGCCCACGACGGUGUGAACAGCUGUCCGGGCUUCUUCAUCCGCUCCAUCCCGGACGGCCUCCCCGCGGACCACCCGAGAUCCGCGGGACGAUUUAUGGAGGUGCUCGUCUCGCUUGCAGCACAACCCCAGGAGACAUACAGAGAUCUAUUGGUCUUCCUCCGGCACCCGUGGCCGGUGACGUACGCCAUCGUUGACGUGUUUCUACCUUUUGUUGCGGAGGUGGGGGAAAAGCUGGGGAUUCCGGUCACCACCUUCGGUACCGGUGGCCCCUGCGGCUUCUGGGCUGAUUUCUGCAUUCCCAAGCUCAUCGAAGCAGGGGAAAUCCCUCUCCCCGGUAAGAGAAUCAUCCACAAUUAAGCACAUUCAGGGGAAAGCCACUCGUGCUUCAUUUGGGCUCGCUUCCUUCUUCACAGAGGGAUGCGACAUGGACGAGCUCGUGAGGAGCAUCCUGUGAUGGAGAGUUUCCUGAGGCGGCGAGACCUUCCAACUCCAUGCCGAGUCAAAGACUUCAGCGAUGGCCUUCUCCAAGGUAUUGGAGCAGCGACCCAGAGGACGACCCACCGGAGAGGUCUCAUCUUCAACACCGGGGAGCCCCUCGACGCCGCUGUGCUCGCUCACAUCCGGUCCACCUGCCCUGUCACCUAUACAGUCGGGCCCCUCGACACUAUCCUCUGCGCACUAGAUUGUCCCCCCGGGAGCGCCGCCGGCCCUCUGUCGUCCUCUUCCCCUUGCUGGUGGCGAGAGGACCGUACCUGCAUGACGUGGCUCGACGCCCAGUCCCCCAAAUGCGUUGUCUACGUUAGCUUCGGCAGCCUGACCGUGCUGAGCAGGCCCCAGCUCCUAGAGUUCUGGCACGGCCUGGCGAACAGCGGCCACAGAUUCCUCUGGGUCAUCCGCCCCGACAUGCUGAAGGAGGCGGAUGGCGCCAGUAACAUCCCGGCGGAGUUGGCGGAGGCGACCAAGGAGAAGGGGUGCGUCGUGGAAUGGGUGAACCAGCGGGAGGUGCUGGCCCAUCCGGCGGUGGGGGCCUUCCUGACGCACAGCGGCUGGAACUCCACGGUCGAGGCCAUCUCCGCCGGCGUGCCGAUGAUCUGCUGGCCCUUCUUCUUCGACCAGAUGGUCAACAGCAGGUUUGUCAGCGAGAUGUGGAGGAUCGGGUUGGACAUGAAGGACACCUGCGAUAGAGGAACCGUGGGCAGGACGGUGAAGGCGGUGAUGGAAGGGGAAAGGGCCGACGACAUGAGGAGGAACGUCGCCGGACUGUCGGGGAUGGUGCGGGAGUGCGUCGAUGAAGGUGGUUCCUCCCGCAUCCACCUGGACCAGUUGAUUGAGGAUAUUCGGGCUGUGAGUCUGGAGACGUCUGCAGGCAUGCUGCUCGGAAGCCACUGUGGGUGA